AUGACGACUGUCGCACAGGCGUCCACGACCGGCCCGGAGCCGGCAGCCGAGGACGAGAAUGCGACCUACAAGUCGGACGCCUUUCGCAUGCAGUGUAUGAAGGACGGGCAGUGCCCCAUGCGGGACCACUGCCCUUAUGCCCACAACGUUUUUGAGUACUGGCUGCACCCCACCCGCUACCGCACCCAGCUGUGCAACGAUGGCGGGAGCUGCCGGCGCAAGAUCUGCUUCUUCGCUCACUCCCUGGACGAGCUGCGCGUGCCGGCCGUGAAGCCCUUCGUCUCGCCCGAGGCGUUGGCCGCCGCCGCCUCCGCGGCCGGGCCGGGCGACAGCCGCCGCUCCAGCUCCUCCCACCACGACAGCAGCGGGCGCCCCUCCCUGGACUCCGCCGCCAGCGUCGCCAGCGGCCAGCAGGCGGGCGGCGGCGCGGGCCCUGCGGGCGCGCAGUCGCUGCCGUCGCUGGUAGCCGUGCUGGACGCCGCGCGGGGCCAGCAGGCCGGCCGGGGCGGGACGCCUAGGGCGGCGUCAUGGGGAGGCGAGGAGGCGGGCGGCGGCGCGGGCAGGCAACCCCGCGCUGACCCCGGGCUCUCCGCGGCGCUGGGCGCGCUGCAGGGCAGCCCCGGCUUCGACCACCAGGCCCGCGGCGUGGUUGAAGUGGUGGCGUCACUCCUGGCGCAGGAUCGCCUGGCCCCCGCCCAGGCCUCCAUCAUCCUGCAGCAGAUGCUGCCCUCAUCAACGCUGGAGCUGCUGCACAACGCGCUGGCGGCCACAGGCGCGGCGGGCGUGCAGGCGCCGGCCUACGCGCCGCGCGCCGCCAGCCUGGGUAGCUACCAGGCUGCGCAGGAGGCGCAGGCGCGGGCUGCUGCGGGCGGCGCCUCGGAGCAGGCGCGGAGAUCCAUGGAGGACUCGCGCUAUGCCAGCCUGCUGCAGGCCUACAACUCCGUGGAGCGCGCCUACCAGGUGGGGUACGCGCCAUUCCUGUACCAGCAGCAGGGUUCAGAUGCGGUGCCCAUGGACCGUGACUCCUGGGAGUCAUCACGCACCUCUUACGACCAGGCGCGCGCGCGCAUGAGCCUGGACGAGCUGGACGUGGUGGGGCAGCUGAACUACGGCGCCGCGCUGAGCAUGCUGCAGCAGCAGAACGCGGCCGCCGCGGCCGCGCUGGCUGCCACGCAGUUUGGCGGCGGCGGUGCGUCCGUGCCGCCGCUGUCGCCCGUGCCGGAGGGCUACCCCAUUGUGACGCGCGAGUCGGACCCCGGCGCGUUUGCAGGCGCGCGUGGCGAUGGCGUGGAGCGUCUGAGCGCUGAGAUGCAGGGCCUGGACUUCGGGCCCCCUGCGCCGCAGCUGGUCAAUGCCUUCAGCUCAUCGCUGUUUUCCGGGCAGACUGAGGACUUGCACAACAAGGGCAGGGACCUCAAGCCGGGGUCCAACCCCGCGGCGGCGGCCGCGGUCUGGGCGCACCUGAGCAGCUUGCAGGGUGGGGGCAUGGGCCCGCCGUCCAUGCACCACUGA